AUUUGUGUCGACAUUGUGUGGCAAUCCAUUUGUUGGCGCGCAAUUACAUCGAAAUGAUGACCGGCGCCUUUCGUCGGGAUUAAAAUUUUUUCACUUGGCUACAGAAAUUCUUGUUGAUUAUGACGCAGGAUGCUUAUGGUACUCGAAAUAAUUCAGCAAAUGAGUCUACUAGAAAAUAUAUUCCACCACACUUAAGAAGAGAGAGACGUAUUGGAGAAGAGGACAAAUAUGACAGACUAUCUUUUCCUAAGAGCAACUUCACCAGUGGUUCUGGUCGGAACUUUGGACGUGAAAGCUUUCGUGACGAGUCGAGAAGCAGAACCUUUACAGACAGGAGAACGGAAGGCCGCCCUAUGAAGCGUUUUCCCUCCAAAGAAAACGGUUACAGAAGUGGUUUUGGUGAACGCGGGGAGCCAAACCGCAGGCAAUUCUUCAACAGAAACAACAGAGAAUGGAAAGACUUUACUGGAAAGGAGCGGUUUUAUGCAGACCCUUUCAAGGGUAACGAAAAUAAUCAUUUUCAAGAUGAAGAUAUUGAACCAGGCACGACAACUGGUAUAAAUUUCGAUCAUUAUGAUGAUAUUCCAGUAGAAAUAUCGGGUAGUGACUGUCCUGACGAAGUUCUUAGCUUUGAUGAAAGCAAUUUACACUCGAGAAUUUUGACAAACGUGAAGCUGUCAAAUUAUUUAAAGCCAACUCCGGUGCAAAAGAACGCUAUUCCUGUUAUUUUGAAUGGCAGAGAUAUGAUGGCUUGUGCUCAAACAGGCUCUGGAAAGACUGCUGCUUUUCUUCUUCCUACAAUUCACAAUAUGUUGAAAAUGGGAGGACCAGCACCCGUACCUGAAAAACCCCUUGAUAGGGGUUACAGUAAAAUUCAAUUUCCGACUACUCUUGUCCUAGCUCCUACGAGAGAACUGGCUAUGCAAAUCUAUCAAGAAGCAAGAAAAUUUUGUUACUGUACUGGAAUUAUUCCUUGUGUGAUUUAUGGAGGUAUUAAUAUCCGUAUACAGUUCGAAUCUGUUGCAAAGGGUUGCGAUAUUCUUGUUGCUACGCCUGGAAGACUUGUGGAUAUGAUAGAAAGGGGCAAAAUUUCUUUGAUGAAUAUUAAAUUUUUGAUACUUGAUGAAGCUGAUCGCAUGCUUGAUAUGGGCUUUGAGCCACAAAUACGUCAAAUAGUUGAACGCACAGAUAUGCCAACAACAGGAGAAAGACAAACAUUGAUGUUUUCUGCAACAUUUCCUAAAGAAAUUCAACGCUUAGCGAGUGAUUUUCUAUAUGAUUAUAUAUUUUUAGCAGUUGGUCGUGUUGGUUCAACUACAGACUUUAUUCUUCAAAGAUUAGAAAGAGUAGAAGAACAUGAAAAGAGAGAUUUUCUUUUGAAUUUGAUUGAUACUGUUUCGGGUCUCACAUUGAUAUUUAUGCAAACGAAAAGAGGCGCUGACGAGUUGGAAUAUUUUCUAACCAGGAAAGGUUAUCCUGCCAUUUCUAUUCACGGAGAUCGUUCCCAGGUAGAACGAGAAGAAGCUUUGCAUUCUUUUCGUACGGGAAGGACACCGAUACUCGUUGCAACGGAUGUUGCAGCUCGAGGCCUUGAUAUUCCUAACGUCACGCAUGUUGUCAAUUUUGAUAUGCCAACCGAUGUAGAUGAUUAUGUUCAUCGUAUUGGUCGUACUGGUCGAGCUGGAAAUUCCGGUUUAGCGACUGCAUUUCUGAAUGACAACAACAUUGGUAUUGCAAGGUCUUUAAUUGAUAUUCUCAUUGAGUCGGGACAAGAGGUUCCUAUAUGGUUGGAGGAUAUGGCAGAACGAGCACAGAUGAACGCUCGACGAGGUGGUCGGGGACGGUUUGGUGGAAAAGACUUUCGACGAGAAAACAAUUCUCGUGUGGAGCGCAAAACAUUCAAUUCUGGAAGGAGGAAUGAUAGUCAUAUGAAUGACCAUUACCGAAACUUUAACAACAGUGAAAGUGUGAACAAGGAUAGUGCCUGGUUUUAAUCUGGUUGUAGAGUGUCUUGUAAUUCAUUUGUUUGUGGCGUUGUCUUUCUUAUGUCAGUUUGGAGACAAUAUACUUGUAGAGCACAAAAUGCACACAUGUUUAUACAAAGGAGUGAUCGAUGUAUUAUCUCUUUUGAAAGUCUUUUUUUGAUUCGGAGUUAGUUUCGACAAAUGUAUUUCUUUUGUGCUAUGAUAUUUGUUUCCUUUUUGUGAAAAAGUGGUGUGGAUGAAUAAAAAUCAUUUGCAUAACAAUGCCUUUUUGGGAUUCUCAAAGUGACAAGUUUCCUCUAUUUUUACUAUUCUUUAUUGUGUUUAUCAUAACACUUCCUCUCUUUGUAUUUUUCUAUGUAAGGACUAAUCACGUUCCUUUGUUCGGUAUCAAAAAUAGUGUCUACUCUUCUGCUUUAUUGGCUGUUUUGACCCUCAACGCCCUCGUACUUGCAUUCGUUUGGUUUGCACAAAGAGAAGCUAAAGGAGAGCCAGUCACAAAA